AUCAAUUUCGCACAUUGGGUACAAGUCUUCGGUAGUAUAGUGUUGGCGCACGGCAGUCUCGUUGGCCCUCUUGGCGGGCUUAGUCGCACUUUGCAAAAAAGGCGGGAAAUAUAGUCAGUGCAUUGACUUUUUUUUGUUAAUUAAUAAAAUUGGUGAGCCAGCAUAAGAAAAAGACAAUAAAAUGUCACCGAAGAGUAAAAACGUCGAAGAGGACUAUGAGAGCGAAGCCCUAAAGUCCGACGCUGAACCGGAGACAAGCGAGUGCAAAGAUGGCACUGCGCUGGAGGCCAAAAUGUCCCUGCUCAACGGCAUCACCGUCAUCGUGGGCUCCAUUAUCGGCAGCGGCAUCUUCGUGUCGCCGACGGGUGUGCUCAAAUACACGGGCUCCGUCAACGCCAGCCUGCUGGUGUGGAUAGCAUCCGGAGUAUUUAGUAUGAUCGGUGCUUACUGCUACGCCGAGCUGGGCACCAUGAUCAGGCUGAGCGGCGCCGACUACGCCUACAUCAUGGAGACAUUUGGACCGUUCGCCGCCUUCGUCCGGCUGUGGAUAGAGUGCAUGAUCGUCAGACCUUGCUCACAGGCGAUAGUAGCUCUAACAUUCAGUGUGUAUGUGCUGAAACCGAUAUUCCCUGAAUGUGACCCGCCCGAGGAUGCCACCAGGCUGCUGGCGGCCUGUUGUAUAUUGCUGCUGACCUUCGUGAACUGCUGGUCCGUCCGGGCGGCCACGAGGGUGCAAGACUGGUUCACGUACGCGAAACUGCUCGCCCUGUUCAUCAUCAUCGCUGCCGGCGCUUACCAGCUCUGCCGAGGAAAGGUGGAACACUUCACAUUCGAAGGGACUACGAAUGACGUUACGUCGAUAGCACUGUCUUUCUACUCAGGCCUGUUCGCUUACAAUGGAUGGAACUACUUGAACUUCAUCAUCGAGGAGCUUAAGGACCCGGUGCGCAACUUACCGCGUGCCAUCGCCAUAUCCUGCACUCUCGUCACUGUUGUCUACACCUUCACGAAUAUCGCCUUUUACACCACUCUAUCGCCAACAGAGGUGCUGGGCUCAGCGGCGGUGGCCGUGACGUUUGCGGAGCGUCUGUUCGGUUGGUUCGCGCUCUCCAUCCCGCUGUUCGUGGCAGCUUCCACCUUUGGUGCCGUUAACGGGGUUCUGCUUACUUCUUCACGGUUGUUCUACGCGGGCGCGGCGCAGGGCCAGAUGCCGGAGAUGCUGACGAUGGUGUCGACGCGCGCGACGCCCGCACCCGCUGUUCUCGCGGUGGCACUACUGUCGCUGCUCUACCUGACCGUCUCCGAUAUCUACGCGCUCAUCAACUACGUCGGGUUCGCCACAUGGUUGAGCAUCGGCGCCGCAGUAUUGUGCUUACCAGUAUUGAGAUAUACACGACCCGAUUUAGAAAGGCCAAUAAGAGUCAACUUAUUCUUCCCUGUGAUCUACAUAGUGUGCACGAUCCUGGUGGUAGCUGUGCCGGCCGUAGCAUCGCCCGCGGAGACCGGCGUGGGAUGCCUCAUGAUCCUCACCGCCGCCCCCGUCUACCUGCUGCUGCUGCACCCGCGCACCCGCCUCACGUGCCUGUCCACGCUCACCGGACACGCAACUCAUUUGGUCCAAAAAUUGACACUGGCCGUACGACCAAAGACGAAGUGAAUAUUCAACGAAUGCGACAGCGAACAUUUAUGAAAUCAACAAUCUAUGGAUCAGUGAUGUAGGUAUGAAAAAAGGAAUAUCGAUAUUUUCUCACGAAACAGAAUAAUUCCCGCACUGUCAUUAAAAAGUGUAGAAUAAUUAAAAGAGUGUGAUUUUUACUUAUUUGUUUAUCUAACAUAAACUGAGUAUUUAUUAAUUAAUUUGCAUUGUUUGAAACCGUGUGUUGAUAAACAAUAGCUGUGGCUAUACUUUAUUUAUAGUUAUUUAUUAUUUUAUAAAAUCUUAUACUCAUUUUUUAUAAUAAGUAAGUCAUUAUAAUAUCACAGCGAAAACGGCUAUAAGUGUAACUUGUGGAAUGUUGUUGAAAAUUUUAAGCAUAUUAUUAAAUAAGUACCAAUAGUCGGUUGGAAUCCCAUUUAUUCUGAAUGAAAAUAUAUCGGUUUUAGGUACCUACAUGUUUAAAGUCACACGUGGUUCUCUAAUUAUGCCUCAGUUUUGUAAACAAAAGAAGCAAAAAUAUACUUAUCCGUCGUGUUGUGUUGUGACGCGAUCUGACACGAUCGGUUUCAUACAUUAAGUACGGUUACAAAUAUACUUGUGUGUCACGAUCUAUCGCGAUGUGUUGACACCGUUCUCACUCUAAAGAUACUAUAUGUAUGAAACAGUUAGCUCUCUGAUGCUUCACAACACAACACGACAGAUAAGUUUAGUUCUGCCAUAAUGCAAUUUGGAACUUAAUUUAAGCCAAAUCGUAAACUGUCAAUACCAGAUUUAUUUAUAUACAGAAUAAAUGUGAUUGGAACCAUCUAUAUCUAAGUAAAUUAAUGUAAAUCUGUUGUUGACUGUUGUCUCUAUGUACAUAGAAUAAUGACUGUAAUACCAGUGUAUAAUCACAAUUUAAUUAUUCAUAUAAAUAAUUUGAAAACUUUUUAUUGCUCAAGGGAGAUAUUUUAUAGCAAAAAUCAGGCAAUAGCUUUAUUAUCUGGCCUUUAGUAUUGACUAAUGACACACAAGGAAAUAUAAAACAGACAAAAUCGAUAUAUCGAUUAUUUAUACGGGCGUUGAACAUAUUACUACAAAAUGUCUAAGCACGCCCAAUAUAUGCUAUGAAAAGCUACAGAACAGAAACAUCUCAUGUGGUAAUAAUUAUAGUAAUGGCGCUGUAACCACUUGCAAAAAAUACAGUAUGGGCAAUGCAUUUCAAAGUUAUUUAAAGAUAAUGUUUAUCUAGUACCUACCCAAAGUGUUUUUAACCAUGACGAUAAUAUAUUUAAAUUCUUAGUUUCCUAAUUUCUGAUUGAAGACCUAUAAUAUUCAAUAUUUUAUUAGUUUUUAUCAUUACAAAUUCAUCAGUCCUAAGUAAAAUAUGUAUUUUUUUAAGGGUGGCACACAAGUGUACAGCCCGCUUGAUGGUAAGCGGCCACCAUAAUGCUAUAGAUUCUUGUGAUACCAGAAAUAUCUUAAGUCAGAAACAUAUUAACAUGUCGUGGCAUGUCGUGACGCGCCAGAAGCACAUCGGUUUCAUACAUUUAUUAUGAUUAGAGACAUAUUUGUAGGACAAGUCGUGUCGACACACAAAUAUGUUUCUGCUUGUACUUGCUCAGUGCACCAUUGCCACCCCUUAGUAGUCUGUGACCAUUAUCUACCCUGACCCAAUUUCCUAGCCAAUAGUUUUUCAUAAUCAAUUUAUGAAAUUUUAUUACCAAUGUAUUUUCAUCGUAAAUUUCAAUUAAGAAAAAAAUGUUAAUAUUCCUAUGUCUCUUUUUGAGAGAUUUUUACGUUUAUAAAGGUCCUGCUUGCACCUUCAUUUUGUGGAGCCUUGUUUUGGUUUUACUCUAUAUUGAUACUUUAAAAUAAACAUACGUUUUGUAUAUGAUGCUUUAUAUUAAAGUAUUGAAUGCAUGCUUUAAUGACAUCUAGGUCUUUGUAAAGGAAGUUGACAAUAUCUCACGUAGCGCGACUUUCUAUAUCUAUACAUUAUUAUACCAACUAUAUACUAGUUUAGGUAGUGUUUUUAAGCUUAUGCUGAUUUUUGUUAUUUACGGUCAACAGCUUGUCUCGUUACUUGAGAAAGUACAGAAUUUCGACAUUAAAUGUGAUGUAUGUCGUGUGUUUUGUGUAGAAAUUCUGUAGAGAAUUUUGAUCUUCGUAUUUAACUUUAAAUAUUAAAAGUAUAUCGGAGAACUUUAUCAGUUUUAUAUAACCUGAGGAGCUGCUGUGCGUACAUAAUUUUUUAUCGAUAAUGGAUAAAAAUAAGACGGAUUAUUGUUGUACGUAGAUAAAUAAGAGCAUUGUAUGCAGUGUAAGUAAUGGAAGGACAAUUUUUUUCCUUCUAAAUAUAGCAGUUAUUAAUAUAUUUUUGUGCUUAGUAAUACCAUUUAUUAAUUAUGCCUAUGUAUUCCGUAAAAUUUAAGAUUCAUCUACCAGCAGGGC